AUGGGUAAAGAAUCUAAAGAAGUAAAAGGUGAAGACAACUAUGAUACUAGAAUGCCAGCUGUUCUGCCAUUUGCUAAACCACUGGCCUCUAAAAAAUUGAACAAGAAGUUGUUGAAAACUGUUAAAAAGGCUUCAAAGGCAAAGAAUGUUAAGAGAGGUGUUAAAGAAGUUGGUAAAGCUUUGAGAAAAGGUGAAAAAGGUUUGGUUGUCAUUGCUGGUGACAUUUCUCCAGGUGAUGUUAUUUCUCAUUUACCAGUUUUAUGUGAAGACCACUCUGUUCCAUACAUCUUUGUCCCAUCUAAACAAGAUUUAGGUUCAGCUGGUGCAACUAAAAGACCAACUUCUGUCGUGUUCAUUGUUCCAGGUAGCAAUAAGAAGAAGGACGGUAAAGGUAAAGAAGAAGAAUAUAAAGAAUCAUUCAACGAGGUUGUCAAAGAAGUUGAAGCCUUAUAA